UAGAAAGGCAAAGAAAUUCCACAUCCAUACCAAAUUCUCCUUUUUUUGCUGUGGACUUAUGGUCCUUUGUAUACAUUAUUGCAUAUUUGUUUUGCACAAUUUUAUUCAUAAUAUCGAAUACCCUGGUGCAAUGUCCUGGCUCCGCCACGGCAUGUAUGCCAGCUGAGAGCUGACAGCUAGGGUCAAUGUGUCGGAGACUACUUGCAAAAAUAAUCUAGAUAAUAUAAUGAUUUUUCAAUUAAAUUCCAUUUCUAAUUUCUAAUUAGGCGAUUUUAGAGGAGGCAGCAGGCAUGGAUGAGCAUAUAAAAGCUGGGCUCCUCCAAUCCGACGGUCCUCACUGUCCUUGUCACUCUCACCGGCUCACCGCACCGUGAGCCCACCACCGUCCACCGUACUGUACCACAAAAUGCCGAGGCCACCCAAGCGAGCAGCGGCGGCGGCGGCCAAGCUCCCCCUCACGGCCACCUUCCUCUCCCUCUCCCUCUCCCUUCUCCUCCUGCCGCUCGGCUUCGUCGCCACCCACAGGGCAUUCUCCGGUGGCGUCGCCGCCGCGUCCACGCCGACCGCGAAGCGUGUUCUUCUCGAGGACGACGGUCAUGCCAAUGCCGCCGCCGCCGAGCACGCGGCCGCCGUGGAGCGGCACUGCGCGGGGACGCUGCACCGCGACGUGUGCGCGUCGACGCUGUCCGCCAUCCCGGACCUGGCGCAGAAGCCGGUGCGCGACGUGAUCUCGGCGGUGGUGGCGCGCGCGGCGGCCGCGGUGCGCGCGUCGGCGUCCAACUGCUCGGCGUACCUCCGCCGGCCGGCGGGGGCGGGUGCGCUGCGGGUGCGCGACCGCCUGGCGCUGUCCGACUGCGUGGAGCUCCUGCAGCACACGCUGGCGCAGCUGGGCACGGCGGAGGCGGAGCUGUCGGCGGCGAACAGCAGCACCAGCACCAGCACCAGCACCGAUGAGGAGUCCGUGGCCGGGGUGCAGACCGUGCUGUCGGCCGCCCUGACCAACCAGUACACCUGCCUGGACGGCUUCGCGGGGCCGUCGGCGUCGGAGGACGGCCGCGUCCGGCCCUACAUCCAGGGCCGCAUCUACCACGUGGCCCACCUUGUGUCCAACUCCCUCGCGAUGCUGCGCCGCCUCCCGCAGCGCCGCCGGCGGCGGGGUAGAGAGGCGCUGGAGCUGGAAGGGUACGGGCGCGUGCGGCGCGGGUUCCCGUCGUGGGUGUCGGCGGCGGACCGGAGGCGGCUGCAGCAGCAGCAGGUGGUCCCGGACCUGGUGGUGGCCAAGGACGGGAGCGGCAACUUCACGACGGUAGGGGAGGCGGUGGCGGCGGCGCCCAACAACAGCGAGUCGCGGUUCGUGAUCUACAUCAAGGCGGGUGGGUACUUCGAGAACGUGGAGGUCGGGAGCGAGAAGACCAACCUGAUGUUCGUCGGCGACGGCAUGUGGAAGACGGUGAUCAAGGCCAGCCGCAACGUCGUGGACAACUCCACCACAUUCCGCUCCGCCACGCUAGCGGUGGUUGGCACGGGGUUCCUGGCGCGUGACCUGACGGUGGAGAACGCGGCGGGUCCAAGCAAGCACCAGGCCGUGGCGCUGCGCGUGAACGCCGACCUGGCCGCCUUCUACCGCUGCAGCUUCGCGGGUUACCAGGACACCCUCUACGCGCACUCCCUCCGCCAGUUCUACCGCGACUGCGACGUCUACGGCACCGUCGACUUCGUCUUCGGCGACGCCGCCGCCGUGCUGCAGGGCUGCAGCCUCUACGCGCGCCGCCCGGGCCCCGGGCAGAAGAACGUCGUCACGGCGCAGGGCCGGGAGGACCCCAACCAGAACACGGGCAUCGUCGUGCAGGGCGGCAAGGUCGCCGCCGCCGCCGACCUCGUCCCCGUCCUCGGCAACGUCUCCUCCUACCUCGGCAGGCCGUGGAAGCUCUACUCGCGCACCGUGUUCGUGCAGACCAAGAUGGAGGCGCUCGUCCACCCGCGAGGAUGGCUCGAGUGGAACGGCACCUUCGCGCUCGACACGCUAUACUACGCCGAGUACAUGAACCGCGGGCCUGGAGCCGACACUUCCGCAAGGGUGGCGUGGUCGGGGUACCACGUGCUCACCAACGCCACCGACGCCGCCAACUUCACCGUGCUCGACUUCAUCCAGGGAGACCUCUGGCUCAACUCCACAUCCUUCCCCUACACAUUGGGCUUCACCUAGCUAUGUUUAUACAGCGUAGCUAGCUAGUAGAAUUUUUGGGUUCCUCUGGAAUUAAUACUGUAAAAACGGUUCAGCUAGCUCACUCAGGUUUGUUUUCAUCAGUUCAAA